CCCUGCGCGCACGCGUCGGACUCGCGCCUCACGUACAUUGUCCUAUAACACGCUCCACGUAUAUCUAUAUACAUCGGCGGCGGCGGCGGCGACAGCAGAAGACUGCGCCGAGCUGCGAAACGGGAGAGCUCGCGCCUCGCAGUGGUCUACUGGUCUCGACGUAGGCACGGCAGUAGCAGCGGCGGCCGUCGUCGCGCCUCCUGGUGUUCACGGAAGCGGGAAAGGAAAAAAACAACACGGGCGCUGUGGACCAGAGUGUACUUAUAACGUAUACCCGUCUCGUAUAUUACACACGGCUUUAUAUACUUGGCUCUGCACGCACCCACGGGGAUGCUGGGGAUAAACUCUCGAGAUUUACGGCUUUUGGAAUAUAUCUCUCUGGCUGAUGCUGGCUCGAGACGAAUCACUGUUGGGGAUAAACAAUUGGGAGAGUAGAGUGCACCGAUAAGAAAGAGAAAAAGAGAGAGAGAUUUCAAAUCCAUAAAUUUCGAGUAUUCAUCUUGUGCUCCAAGUUGUUUGGCUGCUUUGGGAUAUUGCAAAGUGUGCUGCUUUUUAGAGUUCGGUCCAUGUUCUGCGAGGAAGAGUCCAGUGCUUGCUUCCCAGCAGCCAAGGAGCUGCAACUGGGCAAGCUGGGAUUCAUCUAGGACUUGGGCAGGCAACUGACUCCCCAUCGACAACUAGUGAACUUCAUGCUUCUGGAUUUUCCACCGCGUGCCAAUAGAAUCCUCCGGAGCAAUGGCAGGCACCAAGUCAGCGGAAAAUGCCGUCCAGACCAGGCCUGUGGAAAUAUCACAGCAGCUGCAGGAUGGCGAGAAGUUUGUCAAGUGGGACGAGGAUUCCGGGGUAGCAACACCGGUCACGUUGAAAGUGGACAAACAUGGUUUUUACCUGCACUGGAUAGAUCAGCACAACGAAAUGGAUAUGCUCGAUAUAGCUAUGAUUCGUGACACAAGAACCGGAAAAUUUGCUAAGAUACCCAAGGAUCCAAAAUUAAAAUCUUUUGUCACAAUGGGCUCUCAAGAUUCUUUAGAAGACAAGACUGUUACGAUCUGCCAUGGUUCAGACUUUGUGAACAUGACUUUCAUUAACUUCUGCACAACACGCGCGGAGAUUGCGCGACAUUGGACCGAUCAGAUUCUUCACUUGGCUUAUAAUCUCACUCAGCUUAAUACUAGCACAAUUAUGUUUCUGCAAAAAGCGCAUACAAAGCUUACAUUAUCAGCUGAUAAAUUUGGAAAUAUACCUGUCAAAAAUAUAAUAAAAAUGUUUACACAAAACAAAGAAGAUAAAAAGCGUGUUGAGAAAGCUUUAGAUAUCUCUGGCUAUGCAUCAGGAAAAAAUGAUUCCAUUUCUCUACAAAAGUUUCAAUUUGAAGACUUUUUCAACUUCUACAAAUCUCUAACACAGCGUUCCGAUGUCGAAAAAGUUUUUGAAGAAAUAGUUGGUAAUCCAAAAAGAAAAUUAAUGUCUGUUCCACAAUUUGUAGAGUUUUUGAACCAAACUCAAAGAGAUCCACGUCUGAACGAGAUAUUAUAUCCUUAUGCCAACUCUGCAAGAGCCAUGGAAAUCAUUAACCAGUAUGAACCAAAUAAACACAAUGCUCAAAAAGGACAGUUAAGUUUUGAUGGUUUUCUUCGAUAUCUUAUGAGUGAAGAUAAUCCUAUUGUUGCUGUAUCCAAGUUUGAAUUGUCUGAUGAUAUGGAUCAGCCGCUUGCUCACUAUUUUAUUAACUCUAGUCAUAAUACGUAUCUUACAGGCCAUCAACUAACUGGUAAGAGUUCUGUAGAAAUAUACCGACAAUGUUUGCUUGCUGGCUGUCGAUGUGUUGAACUUGACUUCUGGAAUGGCAAAUUUGAUGAACCUAUUAUAGUUCACGGGUAUACCUUUGUACCUGAAAUUUCGGCUCGGGACGUGAUUGAAGCGAUAGCUGAGAGUGCCUUUAAGACAUCGGAGUAUCCUGUGAUACUUAGCUUUGAAAAUCAUUGUAAUCCGAGACAGCAAGCCAAAAUUGCUCAGUACUGUAGAGAGUACUUUGGAGAAAUGCUUCUCGAUGCACCUCUUGAAUCUCACAAAUUGGAACCUGGUCAAGAAUUACCACCGCCAUCGUUAUUAAAAAGAAAAAUAAUUAUAAAAAACAAGAAAAAACAUCAUCAUCAUCACCAUCAUAAAAAGCAUCAAAAGAAGCAGCAAAUCCAAAUUGAAAAUAUAGAAGAAGGCACAGAACCUACAGAAGAAAAUGGCAGUGAAAGCCAAUCAACCAAAGGAGAAAAUGGCCCUCCCCCUGAUAUCAUACCCCAAGCUGAAGUAGCCGAUAGAGUGGCAGCAGGUAAUGCAAAUGGAGAACCUCAGAUAGGUAAUGGGGAAGUUCACCCACCUAUGCUGCAACAGAGACAGGGUAGUAAGGAUAGUACACAAGAUGAUGAUGAUGACGAAGAUGAAUCUAGCACUGAAGAAGAUGAGUCUAAUUUAGAAGUUGCUCCACCUUCUGAUAAGGAGCCUGCUGCCAAAGAAACAGAAGCUGGAGCUGAAAUUUCAGCACUCGUUAAUUACGUUCAACCCGUUCACUUUAGUAGUUUUGAAUCUGCAGAAAGAAAGAACCGAAAGUAUGAAAUGUCAUCUUUUGAUGAAAAGCAGGCUACAACUUUACUUAAGGAGCGACCACUGGAAUUUGUCAAUUAUAAUAAAAAUCAACUGUCGCGCGUUUAUCCAUCAGGCACACGUUUCGACUCGAGCAACUUUAUGCCUCAAGUCUUCUGGAAUGCGGGCUGUCAACUUGUUGCUCUAAACUAUCAAACUCUAGAUCUUGCUAUGCAACUAAAUUUGGGUAUUUUUGAGUACAAUAAACGUUGCGGAUACCUACUAAAACCUGAAUUUAUGCGCCGAAAGGAUCGGCGAUUAGAUCCUUUUGCAGAAUCAACAGUGGAUGGCAUUAUUGCUGGGAUGGUUCAUAUUCAUGUGAUAUCAGCUCAAUUUUUAACAGAUAAAAGAGUAGGAACAUAUGUGGAAGUUGAUAUGUAUGGUCUUCCAGCUGAUACUGUCAGAAAGAAGUUCAGAACGAAAAUAGUUCCAAAUAACGGUAUUAAUCCAGUAUAUGACGAGGAACCUUUUGUUUUCAAAAAGGUAGUUCUACCAGAGUUAGCCUCCAUUCGGAUAGCAGCUUACGAGGAAUCAGGAAAAAUGAUCGGCCACCGAGUUUUACCAGUUGUAGGUCUGUGUCCGGGUUAUCGUCAUGUUGCCUUGCGUACUGAGUGUGGACAGCCACUUCCAUUGGCCAGCCUCUUUUUACAUGUUAUCGUCAAGGACUACGUACCAGACGGGUUGAGCGAUUUUGCUGAGGCUCUCGCAAAUCCCAUUAAAUAUCAAAGCGCCAUCGAGAAAAGGGAGAAACAGCUGGCCGCACUCACGGAUGACUUGGAAGAGCCGCCUGAAGGCGACGCCGAGAUUAACGAAAAGGUUAAGGAAAAAGGUGGCAGUGGACCAAGUUCCUCUAAGCCAGCCGACGAAGCUGGCAAAUCGAAGAGGGUACAAUCGAUCGGGGAAUUGCCAGGAUUAGUGCCAAGUACAGGAAGUCCACAUUCAAGGCCGUCAAUAAGCGCAAUAAAUGCCUCCGAAUCCCAAGAGCUCGAGGAUGGAGUGGCGUCGCUGAUGGUCAAUCCUGCUGAUGCCUCCUCCAACAAAAGUCCACUCAAUGCAAGUUCGAGUUCCUUCUCCAUAGGCUCUGAAGAAAUAGUUGCCGAGUCACUGGACAAGCUGAUGGAAAAUAAAUUAGUAAAAGAGAAGAAAAUAGAGCUGGAAAAGAAAUUAGAUUCAUUAAGGAAAAAACAGGAGAAGGAGAAAGCUCGGGUGCAAAGUGCAAAGGGAUCUGUUGAUGGUGAGAAACAAAAAUCUAAAUUCUAUGUGAGCAACAAAUUAGUGAAACGUCUGUCCAGCAAAAAUAUCUUCACAAGUGAAGUAGGCCUUAGUAACUUGGCAAGAUCCGAAGCAACAGAAUCUGCCGAAGCAGACAAUCGUGAGGGCAAUGAUGGACCACCGAAAGGACUCCCAAGAAGCCAGAGUGAACGCUUGCUUGCCGUUUGCAAAGAACACGUCUUACAAGAGCGAGAAUUACAAGAGAAGUACCAUGAGAGUAUGUUUACUACGGUGGAUAAGGUCAUGAAAUCAUCUCAGUCUAGUCAGAUGAAAACACUUCAGGUCCUGUACGAACGUGAAACUGCUGACGUUAAGAGAAAGCUACAGUCGAUGAGACAUGACGAGGUUAAACAAUUGGCAAAGGUUCAUAAAGAUAAAGCUGAAUUUGACCGUAUGAAGAGGGAAGUGGCCAAGUCAACUGUCGAAAAAGGGGUUAACGAAUGUACAAGGCUGACUAAAAUGUAUGAGAAGAAAAGGAUGGAAUUAGAAAAGCAGCAUGAAGAUGUAAGGCACAAAUUCGAAGAAGAAAAAGCAAGGGUCAGAGCAGCUCUUCAAGCAGAGUAUGACAGUCGUUACAGUAAAUUUGAAAGUAGCGAGUUGGAAUUGUCGCCGACGGAAGCUGGUCCGGGUAUUCCUGAAUCGGCUAGUGAAAAUACUUACUAGCAGGAGGCUGGACGUUAUCGUUGGUUAAGAUGUUUCCAACGCAACAGACGUCAAUGAAAAAUUUAUUAAACGGUGAGAGUCCGUGUGAAAAUAAUGGAAUAAAUACCGCUGUGAAAGGUGACCUCUUUCAAGAAGCUCAUGGAGCUGAAGAGCGAUAUCACAGAAGAAAUUUGUGUCGCAGCGGCCGACGGGAAAAAGCUGCAUUUUUAGUAUAAUCAACAUUCCGAUUCCCCAUUGAAAUUGUUAUUCGACUGGGUGAAUUUCUAGGAAUAUCCCAAAGUUACUUGAUAAAUAGACAAAAUGUUUGUCAUCGCGUUUACAUCUUCACGAGUCAUAGAAGUGGUACACAAAGAUAAGGGCUAUAUGAGCUCGUGUACGCAUACAACACCACUUUUUAGAAACUGACUUGCAGUCACAGUAUUAAGUAAGGAUAAAUAAGCGCAAACUUUCUAAGACGAAGGCGAAUUUGUUUGGAUACGAUAGGAAGCGCGAGGAAGUGAGACUCAAAGAAAGAGCGAACAAGAAUGAGAAGUGAGAAAGAACACUAAAUAUAUUCACACUAUGGGCAUGUGAUUCUAAAUAAGCGUAAUCUUUUUAAAGUGUAACUAUUAACCUUGUUGUUAUAUACAUAAGGCGUUAUAUUCCCACUCAGCUAACAUUGAUAAAUAUUGCGUGCAAGUUUUCUUGAUAAUGGAAAAAAAAUAAAAAUAUUCGGGAAGUAUAUAAAAAUGGCCCGAGUAGAAUCUCACUGGCCUAGCGGAGAAUUGGGGUUUUUCAAAGUUUGGGUAAAAACGCGCCGCGUCACAUGCGCAAACAACCUUUUGUCCUAGUUUUCAGAUACUUUAGAGAGUAUGGAUACAUUUUCCUAAAGAAAGUAUGCUGUACUAUUUGAAAAAGAAUGAAAAAUAAUCGGCCAUCUGUAAAUUUGUAAAUUGAAUUAUCAUCGUCAAGGUUCAAAAUAAGGAAUAAAGAAAAUAGUGCGCCUCAAAUUUCCGCAACGUAAUUCUUCCAAAAUAUUUUUUUUUUAUCAUAAAAAGAUAAAAAAACUUUUGAUAUUCAUUAAAAAAAUAAUAAUAAUAAAUAAUUUAAACAAAAUUCCGAGAAGUUGAGCGAACACGGUAAAUAAAUAGGUCGAAACUGGCCACUUUUUUCGAGAAGACAAUCAAUAAUGUUACGUACGCAAAGGUUUAGACGACUGUAACAUUUUCCUCGUUAUUAUUAAUCAUACGACGUACGUAUGUAUAAUUCACACCUCUAUAUAACCUGCAUAAGCUAUAAAUAUAAACAAUAAGAAUAAUGGAGAUGAUAAUAAUAAUUAAUACAAAAAAUUACACAAUAGUCCUAAAAAUAUAAUGAUAAAAGCAGCACUAGAAUUUCAAGUUUCGUCGUCGCGAUUAUAAACAUUAAAAAAAAGAAAAAUACAACGCCAGUUAAGCUCAUCAUCCUAGUGACGACGCGAUUUAAAACACGCCAUUUAAUGUUUAAUAGUGUGACAUGAAUGCUACCAUCAAUAUUGUGCAGUUUAUACAGACGCGACGCGUUGUGAUAUUAAUGGAUCUCAAAGCAAUCAUAGGAUCGCUGUGUAAAAGUCUAAACUAAGUCGGUUGGCGAGAGGGAGAUAAACGAACGGUUGUAAAUGGUCGGGAUGAUUCUGAUAUUUAUUUAAGGCAGCUCGUAAACUCAAUUAUUAACUUAUUAGACUUUAAAGUUUUACACGUUAUAUUGAAAUCAGUAAAUUAUUUUUUGUACCGUUCUUUUAUAUAAUUAUAAGAAAUACAAAUCAUAUUGAUUUUUUAAUGCAUAAUUUGUUAAUUGAAUCGCAUUAACGUUGCACAAAUUUAUAUACUAUUGAUAUUUACUUUAUGUAAGAAAAUAUGAUAAAAAGUAAUUUAAAUGUAAAACUGUCAUGUUUGGUGAUUAACAAAAUUAUAUGGUUUAUUUUACGCGCAUGAAACCUUUCAUUCGUAAUAAAUUAAUAUUUUAUCCAUCAGUCCACUACAUGUCAAUUAUAUUUUUAUGAAAAUGAAAUGUAUGCAAUAAUUUUGUCUUUGACUUAUCUUGUGUUCAUCUGUUGUUACAUCACCUAUGUUCAUAUUAAAAGGGUGAUAUGAAUCACUGCAUAUGACAGUUAUCAAUUUAAAAUACGCAACUAUACUUGUUCCUAAAUUACUUUUUAUAAAUUGAGUCACAUGCACAUCUUUCGCAUAAAAAUUAUAGAAUUUUUUUAUCUAUUUUUAAGUUAGUUAGAAAGUGUGGUCCGUAAUGAACAUGCUGGAAUUUGUGAACUUCCUCCGCUACCAACUUUACUUUUUAUUGAGAAAGUCUUCUAUAGUUAUAUACAGUUCAUGAUCGAAGCGAAAUAAAAAUACGAGAUUUUAUAUAUGAAAAAGUACCAUGUGUAUAUUUGAUGUGACAUGCGCGCUUUCAAGCGACAUUCGGUAGAAUUUCUAGUUUAAAGUCAACUGAAUGAUAUCAGUCAAGGAGAUUAAACUCAUCACGCUCUCGUAUCUGCCGGUAUUCAAUAAUGCUAUAAGAAAGCCAUUAGAAUCUCCAGCGAGUUUUUUCUUAUUUUUGAUAUGUGAGUUUUUAAUGGUCUCUCAAGACUAAAUAAUAUUUUCUCGCAAGUAUUGUUCACUUAUUCGUUUGUUAUGUCGGUUGUUUCAAGGCGUUGCUUGGAGAUUUGAGAGCGUGUAAAAAUUUGGAAAAUACAAUGUGUGAAAUGCCAGGAAGAGAAAAAAUAUUUCGGUUCUUCCAGUUGCAAAUGGACUUGCAUACGUAAUCCAAAGGUUCAAUAUUUGGUUACCUCAUAGCUGCGGUUCCUUCUCUCUCUCUGGUAUUUAAAUCCAUGUAAAUAAAAUAUAGUGAUGAAGAUAUUAUUAAAUUAUAUAAAUAUUAUAUUCCGCGUUGAACUAUUAUGUGUUGUUGCUGUUGAUGUUAUUAAACGUAUAUAAGAAUAUAGAUGAUAAUAAUAUUCGUGUUUAUUGUAAUCUCUCGUAUGUAAGGUUCAUUAUGAUAGGGCUAACCGUAUAAAUUGAUUUGUCGGCGUUUAAUAUUGUAUAUAUACGUGCAUUCUGGCGCGUUAGAGUGAAAGUGUUGUCAGACAUAUUAUACGGCGGUUCGAAGUAGCUGAUCUCGAAUUAGCAUUUUAGAAUCAUUCUGUAGAUUUUAGCGUUGCAAUAUUUGCUUGCGUCGUGAAGUAAUUUCGAAAUUGUUACUGCUGCUUCACUUUGCGUAUUAAUGUGCUGUUUGACAGUGCAAUAAGUCAAGAUACUAGUCCUUUUGAUAGAAUAAAUACAUUGAAGAUGAUUUAUUAAUUUUUUGAAUAGAAUUAAUUUAUUGUCGCAUAACUUUAUUGGUUGUAUACGUAGUUUAAGCAUAUUUGUAAUAUUAAGAAAAUUUUUCGAGAAGCAACUUCGACCCGUGCAUUUUUUUAGUUAUAAUUUGUUUGAUUAGAUGGAAACAUACACGUAGAUUUUUUUCGGAUGAUUCCGGCUAAGCAAUGGUUUUGGUAUUCCAACCUUCGAUUUUGUAAUUGCAACAGAAAGCAUGAAACGUUUCGAUAUUUAACGAUAACUUUCAACUAUUUUAUUUGCGGAAGAUACAAUUUUUGCGUUAUAAUGGAUAUAUAUGUCGUUUCAUUAGUAUAUAUAAUUUUCUGAGCAAAUAUUGAAAUUUUAUGAAAAAGUUAUAAUUUUGCCUAAUACAAAUAUAUUGUGAAAAGAAACAGUAAAUCAGACAUAUUGGAAAUUCACCUAUUGAUGAUUCAGAUUAAUAGAGCUACUAAAAUCAUAUACGUAGACCUGGCCGAUUAUUUAUAGUGUCCUUGUUAUUGCAUUAAAAAGUAACCUCUUAUAGUUCGUUUCAUAAACAGAGUAAAAAGAAAAUGAACUUAAUCGAAUUUAUGGUUUUUACAGAUAUAUCUUAGCGUCCGAUUUUGCACUUAUUGAAAUUAUAUUUAUGUUUACAAUGUUAUCACAUAAUAUUAGACAUUACAAAAAACAGAUAUUUGCUAUGCUUGCGGAUAUUCAUUAAUUGUAACUAAGAAUAUAAAGUGAUAUACUUGAACCAAAUGUAUAUGAAAUAAAUCUGAGAUUCAGGAGUAUUAUUAUUAUUGUUAUUGAUGACAGAUUUCAUUUCAAGGUAUAGAAAAAUGUUCUUAAGUGUAAAAAAUACUAUGUACUCUCGUGUAUAAAUUGUAAGUAAUUCUUAUCACGUAAGCAUUGCAGAUACUUGGUGUCGGAUUAAAAUAACGGUAGUUAGACGUGCUUUUAUUGGCUUUUGUUCCAUUAUAUUACAAAAGUAACGCGAAUCGUAUAAGACUAUCAAAACGUUGCACCUUUCUGACUUUGAAUUUAGCUUUUUAAAGGCGCCUAUUAUAGUCUUCCUUGCGUAAUCAUAUAUGCCACGUAUGUAAUAUUUCGGUGUAACACGUAAUGUUAGUGUUCAUGCAGAUGUUUUUUUCAAAGCGUUGCUUUAAUAUUUACUUUGUUAUACAUUCUUGUUUUUUUGAAUCUCUUAUUGUUUUAUUUCUAUUGAUGAUUGUAAACAGAAGUUUGUAAAAUACCUUCUUUUUAAGGCGGCAUAAAUUGCUAAAAAAUAGUAUUUAUUGAUUAUGGAAACCAUAUAGAAAAUAUGGGAUUUCAAAUGUAAUAUUAGGUUUGUUCGCUAUCUUGUACUAGAUAAUUUUAUAAAUGGUAUAAUUUUUACUAUUUCUCAAAAGGAGUUUAAUUUUAAUUUGGUUAUCUUAUAUUAAUGGCUACUUGUGCAAUUUCAUAAAAAAGAAAUAUUUACUGUAGCUCCUUUUGAAAAUAUACCUUCUGCAUUCACUUGUUGUAAAACGAUUGUUAUUAUUAUUAAUAUUUGAUUUUUAUAUUUUAUAUCAUUCAAUUUUUAUAAUUACCUCCAAAGUUCCGACGUCGUGUUCGGCGAAAAUUAUAACUAUACAACAAUAAUUAUUAUUCUAAGUUGUGUUCAACUAUAUGCAAAUAAUAAUUGUGAUUCUGCUUUUUCCUAAGGUGUAAAAAGCACAAAGAUAAACUAAAAUGAAAAUAAGCAUGUUUUGCCUCUUAUAGCAUUGAUAGUUUUUUGCUUUCCUUAUUGCUUCCCUGUCAACAAUAAUUCAGUUUGCACAAUUAAAAAAUAUCCUUAAAUACAAUAUUCUUUAACAAACAUAAGGAAUGUUGCUUAUUUGUAAACUUGUUAGCUUUAUAAUGCAAUUAAGGAAUUUCCUUAUACGUUUUAUUAACGAUGCAUUCAAUACUUAUGGAUGUAUAAUAUAUCAAUAUAGCAUCAGCAUAUACAGCUAGCCAUUUUGUCGAUUUUUCAAUAACGUACUCGCAUACACAAAUACGCAUAUAUAAAUAAACACAUUUUUGAGGUAAAAAAUCUCCGUAUAGUAAUGCUGAUAUUAUGGGAAACUUUGUCGGUAUAUUCGUUAAAUAUAUGAACCCCGCGUAUAUAAUCAAGGUACACGCUUUUCGAGACAAAUCUUCCACAUUAUUAUUGUAUGCUAUAAUAUGAAACGCGUUAUUCUUAUUGAAAAAGUAAAAGAAGCACGCUUACGUAAAAUUGUCAAAGUACUUAAAAAUUACAAAUAUUCUAUGUAAAGCUUACUGUAAUAUACAUAUAUUCCCUAUCUAUUUAGGUAUAUAGCAUACAAAUAUAAUACAUAUAUUUAUUGAAUAAUGACAAGCCGUGAGUAAACGGUGACAUUAUUUCUUCUAUCUCUGGGAAUACCACUAUUCUGUUACUUUUUACUGCACUUGGAAAAAUUAAAAAGCCAAGAUAUACUUUGCUUGUUUUAUACCCAUAUUCUGUUAAGAAUUUCUAUAAAUAUUUUCAAAUAUUUCAUUGUAAUUGAUUUUUAUGCAAUAAUAAUCAUAACUUUUAUAGUACUAUAUCUUGAACUGUACGAUUAUGAAUUUGAUUGGAUUUUUUCGAAGGAAAAUUUAAAAUUUUUUUCUGAGUGCAGUAAUGCGCCAUUUUACUAUGAAAGUAUUUAUAAAUAAUAUAAUUCAAAUGAAUAAAUCAAAACACACAUAAAUUUAUAUAUGAGAGACACGAACAACCUUUCUAUAUAAUGCACGCGCCUUUCAGUCUGUAAUAAUUCUGUCGCACUUGCGUAUCUUAGAGUCCAUUACAUAAGUUUUAAUUUACCUCUACUUUUUAUGCUAAACUUUACUGUUAGAUCUCUUGACUUGUAUGUAAUAAUAUUGCGAUUCAUUUCGCGCGCGUACAUAGACAGAUAUACAGAUUAAUCUAAUUUCUGACUCCCCCUCAAGGUAUUUCGGCGUUAUUUAAACAUUGUGUAUGGGCUUAGCCGUGAAUUCACUUCUUUCUGAAAUUGUUUUGAUGAUAUAUGAAUCUGUAAAUAUGUAUGUCUUACAGAUUUUUUUUUUUUUUGCUAAAAAAAUGUCGAUUUGUAAUUAAAGCACGUUUUAGUAAAAUACAAUCAUGCUUUCACUUUACUCAAUCUUUUGUAACAAGUGCGACACGUUGAUGACCAUAAAGAAUGUCGAUGAUCAUAUUCUAUUUAAUGGACUGUUUUUAAUAAAUCACAAUGAUUGAUUCGUUGUAUAUAAAAUGAGGAUAUUUUUGAAAAUUAUUUUUAAACUACAAAAAGUUUGUGUCAAACUGAUAUCAAGAUAUCUUCUUCAAAUGUAAAUGACCUGGCCACUUUUAUGCAUCGCGAGAUGCCCAAUGAAAUUUAUCAAGUAUAAUAAUUAACAUUUUAACGUCUGUCUCUUCGAAAACUAGGAUAGUUUAAAUUUUUUACGAAGAAUAUAGCACAGCUCAAAACUCGCACGCUAAGCCAAGCACAAGUCAAUAUUUUUUGCAAGGAAUACCACAAGUUGCGCAUUUUCCACGACUAGCACAACUCAACUGCCCGUGACUAAUAAAAUGACAACUCAGAAUGCUCAAACGGAACUUAGCGCAUUUCCAAAUCCCUCCGUUUUAUAAGUUAACAUUUUCUAGCAAUCGGAAUAUUAUGUUUUUAACGGUCUAAAUUUAUCUAAAAAAUGAAAAAGGGAAUAACAAAAAAAGGAAUUAAAAGAUUGUUAAAAAUUUUCAAAAUUCUUAAUAAAAGAAAUUGAGUCUAAGUCUCGUUUUGGCAUUUUGGGUUCUGCUAGUCUUCGCGCCAAGUGCGCAAGUUUUGCUAUAAUUUUGCUGGAAAUUGUGAACUGUGCUAGUCUUUGUAAGGAGCGACGAUAAUAUUUAUAUCGCUGUAAAAGUUGUAAUUGAUUUAUAAAAAUUACGAGGUAUAUACCUGCAUUAAAUUUGUAAAAGUUCUUUUCUUAGACCGCAUGUUCAAUUGUUAGUAAUGUUAAUGGUUUUUACAUAAUGACCGCAAAAUCCAAAGACUUAUCAAAAAAGCUUCAUGUUAAGGGUAUACAAAAAUAUUAUAAGCCAAUUCAAAGAGAUUAAUGGUUAUUGGAUUAUGAAUGUGUUUAGCAAUCGAUGCAAUUUAAAUAGAUAUUAUGAGGUGAAAUAUAUAGAAGCAAAUAGGAAAAUAAAAUAAAAUACGAAUAAAGGUCACAGGGAAGACUGUUUGAAAGUUUCAACACGUAGGCAUCAAUAAACAAAGAAUACAAAGGCUUAAAAAAAAGAAUACAAAUAAAAAUGUCCACUUUAUCUAAAGACCCCUUUUCUGACUCACUUGUGCCUUGCCCUCGAUGAUCAUCCAUUGAAUGUUAUUCUAUUUCGCGCGGUAUACAAAAAUGGUCCUGUUCUUUUAUAGCAAACAAACUGUCUUUGAUGUUCGAUGUUGCUUUUAAUGUAAAAUUAAGAUCAGACAAUUGAAGACAUAGAUAACAUAAGUGUAAUAAUCUAUUAGCAAGUUUACGUAUUCUUAUGGAGAACUUAUCUGUAGUUAUAAUUGUGAAGAUAUCGCCCUCUCUUUUUGUUAUUGUUAUUAUUAUUAUGGUGUAAACACUUGUGAUCAUCAAAUAUUGUGUUAAAAGUCAUAUAGUCCUUGAACUGCACUGAGUUAGUGCCGAUUUUUGGGUUUAAGAAAAUGUUAAAAUGUUGCCACAGCAGACUGUAUGUUCCCCCCUUGCUUAUUUAGUUGGCUUUUAACAAAAAUUUGCUGCCUUGAACUUUGAACGAAAAAAAACACAAAAAUCUUUUAUUACGACUUUCAUUGCUUUUCUUGAAGUUGAGCCAACAAAGAGUUUAAUGUCAAUUAAUUAGUGUAUAUGUAAAUAUAUCAUUACUAAAGUUAAUUUUAGAAUUUAUUAGAUUUGACUAUCUCAACAUUUUUUAUCUUUGAAUGCAUUCAUUGCACGCGUAAAAUUGGUAUAGAUAAGGGCUGACAAAACACUAUUUUGCAUUAGUUUUGGGAGCGCGUUUAUUUCUAGACCGAUGAUACUUGAUAACGAUACAAGUAAGAUCUUCAACUUCGAUUUAACAAGAGGGUACAAUAUAAAUUACGUCUUGAUUUGAAUAGUUGGUAAAACAGAUGUACACAAUAAAAAACAGGAAUGAGCCCUAUUAUAUACACAACAUUAUUAUAGAAGAGGUGCGUGUAUAAUCAUACAACUUGCGUGUAAACUUGAAAAAAAAUGUAUCAGAAUAUACUGUAAAUAUCAAUUGUCCGGUUCCAAAUAUAUUACGAAGAAUAUUAGCAGAAUUGUAUUUAGAAAAGUUAAUAGAAAUAUGGCAAUGAAGGCAGUUAAUACACACAAAAUUAAUUAAUUUACAAUCGUGGAAGUGGAAAUAAAAUUGCUGUAUGUUAUGUCCGAAACCAUUUCUUAUUCGUUCAACAAAACUGAUAGAUGUGAAGAGAAGCUAAAUUUCUUUUAAACUUUAUGAGGAUGGACGUGACUUUCUUGUAUUGAAACUAAGCAUUUUGUAAAACCUUGUUACACUUAUUGUAAAAUUAUGUGUUGGUAAACGAAAGAAAAUAUUUUCCAUUGACUUUGUUGAAUUUUCCGCGAAAUAUAAUUAUAAGCGCUCGAUGCUGUUCGUGCGAAAAUGUAAUCGAUGUUAAAAAAAAACUGGAAAUGGAAUGGAAAAAGUGAAUCACCCGAUGAAACCCUACGUGAAAUAAUUAAGACAUUGUAAUACCCUGUGUGUAUUUUUAGGAUAUAGAUUUUAGCGAAUCAAUUGUUACCUGCUGAAUGUAAAAAGUGGUCCGUGAUUACAAUGGAAAUUCGUAAAAUAAUGGCAUACUGUAAGUGGUUGUACCGCAAUGUAAGAUCAAGGAGAUUAGAUAAUAAAGUAAAAAUCCAUGUUAAUCUUAAAUAACUU